AUGGCAAGGUCUCCAAGUGUCGGCAGGACUGUUUCAACGAUACCAUUACGCAGUCGAAAACGUGAUUUUAUCUCAAUUGCUACAACGUCCAAUACCAGUAGUUGCUCCUCUUCUUCUCUGCAGAAAAACAAAGCAGUAAAGGAGAAGAAGACGUCUUUUCCAGCAAAUUCUGUCGUAGCACCGACCCCUUCCAAGUUCCCGGUGCUCACAGCAUUGAAAAAACGUAUACUAAACAACUCAAACGACCAUAAAGUUCUGCUCAAGUAUUCAAAUUUAGUACCGGCGCGACGACUUCGUCGCUACAAGCGCUUUCUAGCCGAUGUCGUCCUUCUCAAUGAAAUUAAGAAGGACGAAGGCGUUGAGGCUGUUGGUGAGAAGAAGUGGGUAGCAGAAGAUGAUGGAAGUGUGGAACUCAAUGCUACAGAGAUAGCGACUGUGUAUUGUCCGAAUACUGGACCGAUGGUUGGACUUCUGGAAGGAUUACCGAAUGCACGUGUGCAAUUGUCCAAGAGUAGCGACCCGAAGCGCAAGUACGCGUACACGCUUGAGAUGAUCCAGAUACAUAAUGGAGAAAGAAACGUGUGGGUUGGCGUGCACUUGACUUUUGCGAAUCGAAUGGUUGAGCACGCGCUCGCAUCUCGGUGGUUAACAGAGCUUGGUCACUAUGACUCUGUACGGCGCGAGGUAAAGUUUGCUAAGAACAGUCGUGUGGACUUUGUGUUGACGACAAAUGCCAAGGAUGGCGCCAUUAUUCAUGAGCAAUAUGUCGAAGUGAAAAGCGUUACGUUAGCGGUGGAUAAACUUCAUAAGAGUUCAUCGCGGUGCGCAAUAUUCCCUGACACGAUCUCGGUUCGAGCACAGAAACAUGUUACUGAAUUAGCCGACCUACUGUCCGCAACCGCUAAGGUUCAAGGAAGCCAGGAGAAGAAGACUUCAACAUACAAGCUGAGUGGUACCAUAAUUCUCCUGGUACAGCGCGACGAUUGCAACGAGUUCGCUCCAUCCUUCCAGCAUGACAAGAAAUUUGCAGAACUGUGUGCGGUUGCGGCUAAAAGCGGGAUUCAACUGCUAGCUUAUGCAUGCGCUCUGGAGCCUGACAAAACCAGGAAUAAUGGCGUUGUGCGAUUUUUAGGGUCUUUGCCACUCUACAAGGCUAGUUACCAUCUGUGA